UUUCCUUUCAUUUUCGUGUACUUGUUAUAAAAACAUACGCGUGCAACAUAAUUUUUUUUUAAAUAUCAGGCACAGUUGUGUGCAAAUAUGAAUUAUCGAGAUUUAUGAUCAUGGAUGUAGUACAUACAUUUAUCGUUAGAGAGAAAGAGAGAAAAGAUAUGGAAGGAUCAAUUGUGCGAAGAACAAGUCACUGCACUGCAACAGAACAAGUGUAAACGAAUGUAAACAUACUGCAAAAACACAUCAGGAAUGUGAGAAACAUUGCGAAAAUCGCUCAGCCAAAAAAAGUCGCAAUUUGAAUCCGUACUAAUAAAACAAAGCUGUUUGUAAGUAAACAAAGGAUUAUUGCACUUUGAGUAUUUAACAAAACGAUAUUAAUUAUCGAAUGUUUUAACCUCAAAGUUCAAAUAUCAUUGCCUUCUCCUUCAAUCGAAGAACAUAAGAAAAAAAUUGUGUAAUCACUUGAUCACAUUAUUAUAAAAUCUUCAUUAAUUUAAGAAGACACAACAUGAAAGUCAUAAAAGGAAACUGGAACACUCUUCUGAGUAAUUACGAGGUUUUGGAUAUUUUGCAAAAUACGAAGUGUUCUUACAAGAAACAAAAGAUGAAUCAGCUUGCAACCAUCACUUAUCAGACAAUCAAGUAUCUAGAAGAUACGCCAUGUAAGAAGCAGAAUCCAGAGAAAAUUCGAGAGUUUCUGAGAGCCAUGGAGCCUAUCAAAUUGUCCAAAGCUGAGAAGCUUACUCUUCUGAAUCUUUGUCCUACUACACCUCUCGAGAUUCAAUUGAUGGUGGAAGAGAGCGAGGAACGACUAUCAGAGGAAGACGUGGACACUGUGCUUCAAAUCAUCGCGAAUGUGCGAGGAGAUGAGGAAGACACAGAACAAGAAACCUAAUCUUAGACCUUAAAAAAUAACUUAUUUAAAUAUAUUUUAUGUAUGUACAUUUUAUUUAUAUAAUAAACAUGACU